AUGGCGAGGGGUUACAAGGUCCACCUGUUAUACCGACAGGAUGGGCCUCACCAGUGGCAGCACCGGCCACUGAAGAACGAAAUUGAGGGUGGCUUGAACGGACUUGCUGUCAGAUUUAUCCACAAUAAGCCAUGGGGGUCUGGCACGCUUUUCUGCAAUUCCCAUUCUUCCCCCAUGCCCCCCAAGCGUGAACCCACUAAGCAAACAGACUUUGCUGCAGCCGGUAGUGAGCUGGCAGCAUGCAUGUCCGCACAGCCAGCAUCGGGCACCUCUGCCCACUCCAAGACCAAUCCGGCCCCACAGGAAGACAAUCUGUUUGACUUUGAGAUGGAUGCAGCAUUCGGGCUUGAUGAGCCGGCUGGAGAAGGAGAGGAUGGUGGGAGGUCAACUGGAGGAGCUACACCAGUGUUACUAGAGGACCCCUCCCAGAACAAUCAGGCGCCGGCCACCAAUGAUGACGACUUCAAUUUUGAAGUACCUGGGCUUGGUGAUGAUGAUAUCCUGGCGCCCCGGCGCGAUACUGCUCUGGCCGGCACUGGGGACCAUCCUGACAUUACAUUCUUCCGUGGCACAGAUAUUGUGAUAACCGGUCACUUAGAUGGUGUGCCGACCAGAUCUCGGAUGCCCACCUACGGAUGGAGUGGGUGCUCCCUCAGAUGUCUCCGGAUUGCUGACCAGGACUGUCCAGGCAGCGUCAAAGAACCGGGCCCCAGAGAAUCCAGACGUCUAACAAUGACUCUUUCUUGGGAACCCAGGACCAGCGGCGAGGUCUCUUGGGUCUGGCACCCUGGAACCAUUCCUCGGCCUCCUGUGUUUGAUGACAUGGUCCCCGCCGGCAUGACCGCCAACUCCUACUGCAACUUUGUCCUCACCCAGAUGAUGCAGCAGCCUGAUGACUCGAUGACCACCUUUCUCCUCAACCUUUUUGUUGCCCACUUGGCCACCAAGUUGAUGGCUCUCCAUCCAGAGACCCCCGAAGCUGGUGUCGGACACAUGAUCAGUACCCUUGAGAACGGCAAGGACGUUUUUUGGUCCAUCUAUCCGGAGUUUUUCAAAGAGAUGUAUGGUUCCUGGCCUCCAGCCACUUUGGGAGAUGCCAUCAAGAUUGCAGAAACGUUGAUGGCCUAUGAUCAGACAAAGCUGUGGAAGCAGGAGUAG